AUGAAGGUUUUGGUUUUGUCUUUAACGGUCGCUCUCUUAUCAGUUUUGAUAAUUAGCUACAAUUUUUGGAAGCUAGAUAUUCAGGCUUUGCCUUUGUUCAUAAAAAAAUUAUUUGUUGAUAGUAAAAUUGAAGAUGACAAUAUUUUCAUCCGUAAAGAAAAUGGGAAACUCAUCACUGAAGAAUCCCUUGCCAGUUUUCGAGGAUAUGAUAAUGAUAAGAUUUAUCUUGCGAUAUUAGGUCAAGUUUUUGAUGUUACUUCGGGCAAAAGGCAUUAUGGCACGUCUGGUUCUUACAGCUACUUUGCAGGUAAAGAUGGCACAAGGUCAUUUGUAGACGGACUUUUCACAAGCGACGUUCCUGGAUAUGAAAUAUCUGAUUUCACUGGAAGUCAGCUUUUAGAAGUUUACAAAUGGAUUCAGUUCUAUAAUUCAAAAUAUACCUUCAUCGGAAAAGUUGUUGGUCGGUUUUAUGAUGAGAAUGGUGGUCCGUUGAAUGAAUUAACAUCAGCUUUUGAAAAGUACAAACUGGCAGUCGCUGAAAAAUUUCAACUUGAUGAACUUAAUAAAAUAUUCCCUUCAUGCAAUGUAGCCUGGAAAGAAAAUGAAGGGACGAAACUUUGGUGUACAAGUAAAAGUGGUAGCAUCGAACGUGAAUGGACUGGGAUUCCCAGAAGCUUCUUUGAUCAAAAUCUACAAAGCACAAGGUGUGUCUGUGUAAAAAAUACUGGAAAGCCCUCUUUUGAUUUUAUUCAAGAUCAAAACAACGGGGAUUUAAAUCAUCCAAAUUUAAAAAUUUUUGAUAAAUGUGAUCCAAAUGCAAAUGAAUGUUUCAUUUUUUAA